AUGUCAAUCCAUGACAAAGAUUACCUCCAGGACAUCCUCGACGGGAUGACGCUCUCGCAACAGGCCCGGGCUAUAGGUCAAGACGAUGAGGAAGAUGCCACACAGGUGGGCCUCGAGGAAGAUAACUAUUGCAUCUCACGAUACAACAAGAAGCGCGAUCAUGACGAUGAGGACUACGAGCCCGGAUCGAGCCCGCCGGAUUCUAGCCAACCUAAUUCCGCUCAGCCUGAUGCUAGCCAUGCGAUCGAGCCUCCCCCAUAUGAGCUUGAAGCAUAUAGAACCCGCUCCUACUCCCGAUUGCUAUCAGACGUCCCGACGGAACCAAUUGCGGAUCUUGAGGACGACGAAGACGAAGACGGGACGUAUAUCCCCUCUCCGACCAGCAGCGCAUCGGAAGGCAGUCAUACAUCGACCAGCGAUUUCGAAACGGGCGUGGAGAGCGCGAGUACGUUCCCCGGAGACAAGCUUAAUGGCAAAAGGCUGUGGUUAUUCUCCCAGCUUUUGCGGGAAGUAGACCCAGCGAGGCACAUGGAAGUGAAGGAACUCGUACGCAACUUGUGGCAUUUAUCUCGAAAAGACGCAACCAAAAUGUACAACUUUUGGGCUAACCCGAAGCCUGAAGGGAGUUGUCUCUUCAACAAGCUUGGCUACGUAAAGCGCGUUGCGAAGGAAGAGUGGGAUGAACUUUGA